GCCGGAGGCAUGGUGGCGGAGCCGGAGCCGCAACCGCUGGUGCACAAGGUGUUCUCGAUGGCGGCGACGUCGCCGUCGUUCUCCUCCUCCAAGAAGGUGCGGCCGGCGGCGAGCGCCAAGGGCGGCGGCGCGGCGGGGGGCGACGGCAGGGUGGGUAUCCUGUCCUUCGAGGUGGCGAACGCCAUGUCGCGAGCGGCGAGCCUCUACCGCUCGCUCUCCGACGCCGAGGCGGCGCGCCUGCUCGGCCCGCAGCGCGCGCGGUGGCGUCGCCACGACGUGCGCCGGCUCAGGGACGCGUCGCUCUGGAACUGGACCUACGACAGGGCCGUGCUCCUGCUCGCGCGCGCCGUGUGCGCCAUCUACGGCCGCAUCCGCCUCGUGUUCGGCGACCCCGUUCUGGGGCUCGACCUGCUGGCCAUGACGGGAGUCGGCGAGUCGGGGCAAUGCGAGCAAAUCCCGCAGCUCUCCGGUAUGGUGGCAGCAGAUUCAGGCCCCGUACUCCAAAGCAGUCUCAGCGAUGGCAGGUCAGCGCCGAUCUGCAGAGUCGAUCAUCCAGACAUGUCGCGGCCAGUGAGUUUUCGGUCGAGCUGUGGAGCCAGCCCCGGGAAGAUGUUCAUGCACUGCUUGAGCUUGAGUAGCUCAGCGCCAUGGACGGACAUGCUCGAGGACGAGUUCUCAGAAGAUUCCAGCUGCAUCAGCAGCACAAUCAGAUCAGGGAUGCUUGCACCAUUCAGCAGUGAGCAGGGGGUACCCACCACCACCACCACAACGCCGCCAGCACCGAACAGUGGCAGUAUCGGCAGAAAGGCGCGGCGGUUCGGUCCGAAGAGCACGGUGACAUCGCUCGCGCCGGCGUCCACGGUCGGCGGCUCCGCCCUCGCGCUGCACUACGCGAACAUCGUCAUCGUCGUCGAGAAGCUGCUCCGGUACCCGCACCUCGUGGGCGAGGAGGCGCGGGACGAGCUGUACCAGAUGCUGCCGCGGAGCCUGAAGCUGGCGCUGAGGAAGAGCCUGAGAGCCCGCGCGAGGAGCACGGCGAUCUACGACGCGUUCCUGGCGCACGACUGGCGGGAGACGCUCGAGAAGACGACGCUGGCGUGGCUCGCCCCCAUGGCCCACAACACGGUCCGGUGGCAGGCCGAGCGGAGCUUCGAGUUCGAACAGCAGCAGCAGCGGGUCGUGUCGGAGCGGAGCGUGCUGCUGCUGCAGACGCUGUACUUCGCCGACCGGGAGAAGACGGAGGCGGCGGUCUGCGAGCUGCUCGUCGGCCUGAACUACAUCUGCCGGUACGAGCGGCAGCAGAACGCGUUGCUUGACUGCUCUAGCAGUGACUUCGAUGAUUGUGUAGAAUGGCAAGUCCAAUAGAGCCGAAAGCCAAGGUCAGGUCUCUGCUCUGGUCCGUAGUGUAUACAACAAGUGAUGUGAUUCAGCGAAGGGUACUUGUGAUUUGGUUUUGCUUGUUUUCUCUUUUUUUUUGCUACGUUGUUCUUGGCGCAUUUUUCACAUGAUAUCAUCGUCUAUUGUUAGAUGAAAUGUAGAGGUUUGUGAACUGGAAAGACCCUCUCCGGUUGUGCAU